AUGGCGUCGAAGCAAGAAUACGGCAUCCCUUAUACGCCUCUUCCGUCAUCACAGCUUACUCACAACGUCAUCGUUCUAACUCCUUAUCGACGCCACCCUCGCCCUUCCUUCCUCCGCAACCUCCGCUGCUGUCUCCUCUUCACCGCCGCAAUCCUCCUCCUCCUCUCCGCCGCCGUUUACUUCCUCUACCCUUCCGAUCCAGAAAUCGAUGUCUCUCGAAUCAAGCUCAAUCACAUACGAGUCCUCGAAUCGUUUAAACCAACGCUCGAUCUCUCGUUUUCCCUCACGAUCAAAGUCAGGAACCGUGAUUUCUUUUCCCUUGAUUACGAUUCCCUUGUGGUCUCGAUUGGGUAUAGAGGGAGAGAGCUAGGGCUUGUGAAGUCUCGAGGCGGACACCUUCGUGCUCGUGAUAGCUCUUAUAUUAAUGCGACUCUAGAGCUCGAUGGUCUAGAGGUUGUUCACGAUGUGAUUUACUUGAUAGGUGAUUUGGCCAAAGGUGUUAUCCCUUUUGAUACGAUUGCGCAGGUCAAAGGUGAUCUUGGUGUUCUUCUCUUUCAAAUUCCAAUUCAGGGUAAAAUGUCAUGUGAGGUGUUUGUUAAUGUUAACAACCAGAAAAUUUCACACCAAGAUUGUCAUCGUAAGGACAAAUGUUUACAAUCAUAAGGUUGCUGCUGCCACAGCUAAUCACAUGUCUCCGCUUUGGUUUUGUAAUGCGCAGUGAAACAAAAUCCUGAGCUGGUACAAAGAUCAGAGAGGAAUAAACCAGAGAUACAUAUGUUGAAUAUAUUUUGGGUUAUGGAGAAAUGAUUUGUAAGCUGUUGUGUAGAUAAACGAUAUUGGAUUGUCUUUUCGUAGUCGUGUGAUUUCUUGCGUACACUAUACCUCAACGAGAUAGUAACAAUUUAGGUCAGAGUGAUUGCAGUGUUAUUUACUGCCAAGUUCUCACUUUGCUCUAUAGAUUCACUGUGAUGUGCAAUCUGGUUAUGCGAGUUAUUGCUAUUGAAAACUAGUCUAUUUUAGG